GGCAACGAGACGCUUUUCUCAAGAACAACAGGAAAAUGAGCGUCGCGGACAAAAACAUUGAAAAAGAACCUGAUCAUUUAGUUUCAGACGAUGACUUAAGGUGUGGAGAUUCUCUUGAUAAUGAGCGGGCUUUUACAAAAGAAGAAGAAGGCCUGGAGGCGACUGGAAAGGUAGUCCAGACGCGGGCAGGGGCCACUUCUGGAGCCAUUCCAGGCCCCUCUGACACACUGAACCCUCCAGCCGUGGUGGAUUAUUUGCGAAACUUUCUUUUCAAGGCAGGCAUGUCAGAAACUCUUCACUGUUUUCAAACGGAGUGGUAUGAGAUGAUACAGAAAGGGCUUGUGGAUGAAGAUCGGGCCGAUUUGGUUCCGGACGUUUACUUCCAAAACCAGCGUUUGGAGAGCGAGCUGGAGGUGGCCCGGAUGGAGACAGAGUUGUCCAGGCGGACAGCCGCUGCUACAGCUGAGGCCCUGGAGAGGCUCCAGAGAGCCGUGGACGUGGAAAGACGGCUGCAGAACCGCCUGAAGCAGGAGAACAAAAGACUCAGUGAAGAGUCCAGAAAACUCCGGCUGAAAUGUGAAAAACAGCAACCCACAGUGCAGCAGAGGAUGGAUGAAAAGUCCCGGGUGGCUGCAGAGAAAGACAAAAGUGUUUUGCAGCCACAAAUAGACCAGCAAAGGUCUUCGUCUGUGGAGUCAACAUUAAACAAGACAAACCCACGAAAUGCAGUCAGCAAAACUGCCCACAUCUAACGCAUUCAGGCUUAAUCACAAAUAAAAUCCAUGUAAAACUAGUUA